CACUAAAGGGGAAACUGAAUUCUCCAGAACCGUCACUCUGUAGGAUUCCUGACAGAAACGAAAGUGAAAUAUAUAAGCUUGCUUUCUGGCAGCUCUUUCACUAAAAACACAGCUGAGAAUAUCAUUCCACAACCAUGGAGCAAAAUGACAUAGACGAGGGUUUAUAUUCACGGCAGCUAUAUGUCCUGGGCCAUGAUGCAAUGCGACGUAUGGGAGAGGCCAAUGUCCUUAUUUGUGGGAUGAGAGGUCUCGGUGUGGAGGUGGCCAAGAACGUCAUUCUGGCCGGAGUUGGUUCAGUCACCAUCCAGGAUGAGGGGAAGACUGAAUGGGCCGACCUGUCCUCUCAGUUUUACCUAAAAGAGAGUGACCUGGGCAAGAACCGGGCAAUUUGUUCUGAAAAACACCUUGCUCGCUUAAAUAGCCACGUUCGUCUUUGCACCCAUACCGAACCUCCACAUAAGGACUUUUUGCACAAAUUCCAGGUGGUGGUUCUGACAGAUUCAUCAUUAGAAGAGCAGCUUUCAGUGGCUGCAUUCUGCCACUCCAACAACAUCAAAUUUAUUUUGGCUGACACCAAAGGACUUUGUGGGCAGUUGUUCUGUGACUUUGGAGAAAAUUUUCUGGUCAAAGACACCGAUGGGGAGCCGCCAAAUGUGUCCAUGAUUGCCCAUGUUUCCAAGGAAAAUCCAGGUAUAGUCACGUGCACAGAUGACCAGGCUGCCUUCUUAGAUGGCAUGCGUGUUGUCUUCUCUGGGGUUCAGGGCAUGACCGAGCUCAACAGCUACGGACCUAUUGAAAUCAAAAUGCUAGACAACUACUCCUUUAGUAUUUGUGACACCUCAAAUUUCACUGAAUUUGAGAAAGGUGGUGUGGCAACUGAAGUCAAAGAAACAAAGAUGCUUAAUUUUAUACCUCUAGAUGUUGCUUUGGAGAAAGUGAUGCAAGAUGAGAAGCUACUGGUGCACACUGAUUAUGGAAAAGUUCAGAGACAUCAAUCUCUUCACUUGGGCUUCCGUGCACUGCAAGAGUUUCAACAGAAAUACAAUCGACUGCCCAAAUCCAGGAACCAGUCGGACGCUGAGCUACUGCUUGCCAUGACAAAGCAGCUCAGUGCAGCUGUACAAUUUGACAAUCUUGAAGAUGAUGUCGUGAGGAAACUGUCUCUUACAGCCAGGGGCAAUUUGGCUCCCAUCAAUGCUUUCAUUGGAGGUCUGGCUGCCCAGGAGGUGAUGAAGGCUUGCAGCGGUAAAUUCACUCCACUCAAUCAGUGGCUCUACUUCGAUGCUCUGGAAUGCCUUCCUGAGCAGGAGGACUGUGAUGGAGGACUGACAGAAAAAGACUGUGCUCCAAGAGACAGUCGCUAUGAUGGUCAGAUUGCUGUGUUCGGCUCUGAAUUCCAAGAGAAACUCAAGAAGCAGAGAUAUUUUCUGGUGGGUGCUGGUGCCAUUGGCUGUGAGCUUCUGAAAAACUUUGCUCUGAUUGGCCUCGGUGCUGGAGAGGGCGGGCACAUCACAGUGACGGACAUGGAUUCGAUUGAGAGGUCCAAUCUGAAUCGUCAGUUCCUGUUUAGGUCAGAGGAUAUUGGGAGGCAGAAAUCAGAGGUGGCAGCUGAGGCCGUGCAUAAAAUAAACCCCAGCAUAAACAUCACGUUUCACCAGAACCGUGUGGGUCAGGAGAGCGAGAGCAUCUACACACAACAGUUCUACAGCAGCCUGGAUGGAGUGGCAGCAGCUCUGGAUAAUGUGGAAGCCAGAGUGUAUUUGGAUGAGCGCUGUGUGCAGUACCAGAAGCCUCUGUUAGAAGGGGGGACUCUGGGUGGUAAAGCUCAUACACUUGUGGUAGUUCCACACCUGACUGAAUCGUAUGGACCAUCAACAUCUUCAGGACAGAAAGCUAUUCCAUUGUGCACACUGAAGCACUUCCCUCAUCGUAUAGAACACACACUGCAGUGGGCCAGAGAGCAGUUUGAGGGCCUGUUCAACCAAACACCAGAGCAUGUGAACCAGUAUCUAAGCGAUGCUGAUUUCUGGGCUCGCACUGCUGGCCGAGGGGAGGCCGAGGCCGUCGAGGUGGUGGAGGCGGUGUAUAGAAGUCUGAAGGACAGACCCAGUAACUGGCAGGAUUGUGUGGCUUGGGCUCGUUUGCAGUGGGAGAGCUUUUACAACAAUGAUAUCGCACAGCUGCUCUACUGCUUCCCUCCUGACCAUGUAACUAGUUCAAAUCUGCCUUUCUGGAUGGGAGCUAAACGAUGUCCUCACCCCUUAACAUUUGACCCAGCCAAUACCACCCAUGUGGAUUUUAUCGUGGCAUCCGUUAACCUGUAUGGGCAGGUUUAUGGGAUCAAGGGAUCGACAGACCGUGCUGACAUCCUGAAGCUCCUGGAAGGAGUGCGUGUGCCACCGUUUCACCCAAAAUCCAGUGUGAAGAUUGCGGUGGUGGACGAGGAACGGAAGGAAAGCAUGGAAGAGAGAAAUGAUGAGGACCAAGCCAAGAUGGAUGAGUUAAAGCAGAAACUGUCAAGCCUCCAGCCUGCCGGCCAGCAGGGUCGGAUGUUCCCUCUAGAAUUUGAAAAGGAUGAUGACAGUAAUUUCCACAUGGACUUUAUAGUGGCAGCGUCUAACCUGAGGGCAGAGAAUUAUGAUAUACCAGCAGCAGAUCGGCACAAGAGCAAGCUCAUUGCUGGUCGCAUCAUCCCUGCUAUCGCCACAAGCACAGCAACAACAGCAGGCCUUAUGUGUCUAGAGCUGUAUAAGCUUGUGCAGGGCCACCAGCAAAAAAGCUCCUUCCGUACUGCAUUCCUUAACUUGGCAGCCAGUUACUACUUUAUGUCACAGCCAUUCAAGGCACCAGUGUUCACAAAGCAGAUUGGCAGAUGUUGGUGUUGUUUCCUGAUGGGAUUGCUGUGGAGUGUGCUUGUGUGUGAAGAACUGAUGUGUUGUGUCUCUCGGCAGGUUGCGGGGAAAGAGUAUUCCCUCUGGGACCAGUUCCUGGUGCAGGGAAGAAAAGAAGGACAGGAGGAAAUGACAGUGGAAGAGCUUCUGAAAUACAUCAAGGAAAACUACCACUUGACCAUCACAGCUAUGUUUUAUGGACCUGCACUGUUGUACUCCAAUCACUCAGAUCGACUUAAACAGAGAGUGUCAGACGUUGUCCAGAUGGUCACCAAGACUGAGCUUCCUGUUCAUAUGCAGAUGCUGGAGCUCAUACCUUCUUUCGCAGAGGAUGAGGACUGUGAGAAGGUUCCACCAGUUAUGUACCUCUUUAGAUGAGGUCAGCAAGAUGGGAAUGCAAAAAAAAAAAAGUCAACUGUAUUUACUGUCAGCUUUAUCACAUUGUUCUGCUGAAACCCUGUUCAUUCUCUUGUUUCAUUAAUUAGCUAAAAUUACUUACUUACUUUAAUGUGCUUUGUGAUUUGUCUUUAUUACUCUCUCCAUACAUCCACCCAUCUCUCUCUCUCUCUCUCUCUCUCUCUCUCUCUCUCCUCUCUCUCUCUCUCUCUCUCUCUCACUCUCUGAAAAUCUGAGGGUUUAUUUUCAUUUGAAGGAAAUAAAAGGAAGGUUUUAGCAUUUUUAAAUAUUUAAAAGGUUUAAUAGCUUCAAUAUUUAAGAUAUUUAAGAUCCUGCACUUUUUCGAUCCUCCUAUUUAUUGGAAGCAAGUUGGUGAUAUUGUAGAAGGUCAGAUCUUCUCCAUGUUUAAUCUCUUCUGCUGAAACUAAUGUGUAAUCUCUUCUAAUGUGAUAUUAUGAUGGAUCUAAUCUGAAAUGGACCAUAAUCAAAUGCACACUAAAUUCGUUAUUAAAACAAAAACAACUUUUCCCUCAA